CAGCAGCGUGGACUACAUAUCCCAGCAUGCACCCCUCCAGCGGGCGCUGGAACGGCGGGCUGCUCCUACACGUGGUAUCCAAUGCAGCAGCGCAGGCUGGAGCCCGCCGCUGGCGGGGCAUCCGGCUGCGAGGGGAGAUGACAGAGGUGACCCGAGAGGGGUUCGGACACUUGCCCCAGAAGGGAGGAGGAGGAGGAGGAGGAGCUGUUGAAAAGUUCCUGCUGAAAUCAGACCGUGUGAAAGUGGAGAUUAUCUCCUUAGGCUGUAUAAUCACGGCACUGGAAACCAAGGGCAGGGAUGGGAAGCUCUCCGACAUUGUCCUGGGUUUUGAUCGCUUGGAAGGUUAUGUCAACAAACACCCCUACUUCGGAGCCACUAUUGGGCGAGUUGCUAACAGAAUUGCUAAUGGGAAAUUCACGGUGGAAGGCAAAGAGUAUCGGUUGGCCCUCAACAACCCACCCAACAGUCUGCAUGGAGGGAACAAAGGGUUUGACAAGGUUCUCUGGACCCCGGAGGUGCUGCUAAAUGGCAUACGCUUCUCCAGAACGAGCCCAGAUGGUGAGGAAGGGUAUCCUGGGGAACUAAAAGUCUGGGUGACCUACACACUCGAUGGUGGGGAACUAGCAAUAAACUACCGAGCUCAAAGCAGCAGCACUACUCCUAUUAGCCUGACAAACCAUGCCUACUUCAAUCUAGCAGGCCAGGGAUCACAUGAUAUCUACAACCAUAUGGUCUCCAUAGAAGCAGACUCUUACUUGCCUGUGGAUGACACCCUGAUCCCUACUGGAGAGGUGGCUGCGGUGCAGGACACAGCUUUUGAUCUGAGGAAGCCGGUAGAGCUUGGAAGACACAUGCAGAAGUUUCAGCUCCCUGGCUUUGACCAUAACUUCUGCCUGGAACAGUCGGAGGCUCGACGCUACUGUGCAAGAGCACACCAUCCCCCUAGUGGCAGGACGAUGGAGGUUUACACCACUCAGCCUGGAAUCCAGUUCUACACUGGAAAUUUCCUGGACGGCUCGCUGGAGGGCAAAGGGGGCUCUGUGUAUCCCAAGCAUUCAGCCUUCUGCCUUGAAACACAGAACUGGCCGGAUGCAGUUAAUAAGCCCCAUUUCCCCAGUGCACUGCUGCGGCCAGGAGAGGAGUACAACCACACAACUUGGCUCAAGUUUACUGCAGCUUGAGGAGUCACCUCUGCAGCCACAAGAAGAAAUUCAUCACAAAGUGCUCUGAGUAGUGGGAGGGGAGCAGGGGAAAUCACUUAAAAUAGCAGCAGGAGCUUCCAAAUUUCUCCAGCAUAGGCAGAGGUGACAGGUGCAGGGACAUCUCCGAAGGACGGAGUUUGUAAAAGCUCUCGACGCUGGCUUGGCGGCUCCCGUUGGAAUCACUGGUAAAGCUCCCCUUGAUGUCAACAAAGGGAGAGUUAGGCCAGCACUGAGGCCCUGAUCCCCAAAGGGACUUAUGCACCUAACUGCCAUUGAUUUCAGUAGGAAUUAAUACCUUUAAAUACCUAAAUACCUUUAAAACCUGGCCCUUAGUGACUACAAAACUUGUCUUCCUCAUCCAUCAAUUGGAUCAUGUCAAGGCCUCUUUUAAACUCCUCUCCCCUUUCUCCUUCCCCGGCGGGUAGUGUUCGAUGUAUCGGGUAAUCGAUUUAUCGCGUCUCAUCUAGACGCGAUAAAUGGAUCCGUGAAUCGACGCCUGUACUCCACCUCGACGGGGGAGC